UCUGCCUUCAGCAACUGCAACGGAAUUGGGAGCUCUCUGGAAGCCACAGAGCUGCUGGCAAGGGCCAAAAGUACAACUCAGACUGAACGAAUUUGGAAAGGAGAGGUUGGUGCGAGUCUCCCUGGCCCAGAGGAGCAGCUGUGUGUGCUGCCCAGAGCUAGAGAAGCGGGGGAAGCGGAGCAGGGGCAGGAAGUCGAAGAGCUGCUCUGGGAGCAAGGGCUGAGCCUGCAGCCGCCCGGCGAGCAGGAUGGGGGAAAGGCUCCUGAUCUGGACCUGGAUUCUCCUCCCAGGAUGCUGGGCUCUGCGGGGCCCUGCAGAGGUGAGCGGCUUCCCGGGGGGUUCCCUGGACGUGUCCUGCGAGUACGAGCCAGAACUGGUGGGCGCCAAUAAGUACUGGUGUAGGGGCAGCAUCUGGUUUUCCUGCUCCGUCCUUGUUCAGACCACAGCCCCUGGGGAUGAGGUGUGGGGGCACAGGGUGUCCCUGCGAGAUGACCCCACUCAGCACGUGUUCGUGGUAACCAUGGAGAACCUGACAGCGGAGGACAGGGAUCAGUACUGGUGUGGGAUCCAGGCGGCCUGGUAUGACCGCAUGUUCGCUGUCGCGGUGUCUGUGCUCCCAGUGCCUACGACAACACCCUAUGACCUCCACAUGACAUGGCAGGAAGAGGCCACAUCUGCUCCCACCUUCCCAUGGACUCCCCUGGACCUGGAAAACACCAUGUCCAUGCCAAAAGUCAGAAGCCUGCAGGCAGGCACCCUAAACCUGCUUGUACUGGUCCUGACACCCUUCGCUGCGGUGGUGCUAGCUUUGGGCGUCACUAUCUGCCACAAGAUGAGAAGAGCAUCGUCGGAGAAGCGCAGAGCAGCCUGGGCCGCGGAGAGGAAGAGGGACAAGGAUCUCCAGGUCACAGCAAGCCGGGAGCAAGUAGACACUUCCAGUAACAUCUACAUGAACAAGGAGUGGGAGCUCAGCUCGCUCGAGGAUGACUAUGAGAACAGCCCGGGCAAGUGGCAGGACUUUGAAAAGAGGCACAAAGUUUCGGUUUCCAGAGCUCCAAAGCUGCAGCCGAUCUACCUGAACACGCACUGAGCGGCUCGGUGCUCGGCCCCUCGCUGCCAGAAAGCCCCGUGUCUGGGAAUGGCUACCCCUGCAGCUCUCCCAACAUCCAGGGUGUGUUUCCCCACUGCUGCCCGAGCUCUCUCUGCAUCUCCUGUUGAGAUUCCCUUUAUCCUGCAAAAGCAGCCCCCGUCCUCUCUGUGCCACGCGAGACCAGGGAUUGACACACAUGCCACCAGGCCAGCUGCGCUAUUUUUCCCCACUGUGCCAUAAGGUUAUUAAAGAAGAUGAGAUCAGAAGA